AUGCCAGAAACAGAGGCCACAGAACUAAGGAGAUCGCUACACGAAGCAUGUAACACUCUUGCGUUCCUCAAUCUCCAUCAAGCCGCCAAAUGGUGUGCGGAAGCAUUGAACGGGUUGUCUCCACUACCAAAUGGGAUCAUUGCACAAACGUCGACAACCAAAACAACCAAACCUCCCACAGAAGACGAAGUUGCAGACGAACCAAUGGUGAUGCUUGCACGAGCGUACUUCAACUGUCGUGAGUUUGAUCGAGCAGCUUAUAUUCUUCGCGGCUGUCGUAGUGGGAAUGGUCGUUUCUUACGGUUGUACGCGAUGUUAAUCGCGGUAGAUAAAAGAGCUACUGAAGAAACUGAUGGUACUUUAAACGUGGCCUCCAACGUGUCAAAUAAUGUUACAGUUGCCAAUGGAGGUAAUUCCAAUUCUCAAUCGUCACAUAAUUCAAGCAGCGGAACUGAAGAGAACAACGAUACUGUGAACGUUUUAAAUGGUGUGCUUUCUAAAAUACUACAAGAAGCUGACUCGUACCAUCAGUCCCCAAAUAAUGAACCAAAUGCAUUUCUCCACUAUCUCUGUGGUGUGGUGUACAAUCGUAAGCGAAAACAAGCAUUUGCUCAGACACAUCUUUGCAAUUCUGUUGUAUUGUUCCCGUAUAAUUGGUUAUGCUGGCAAGAGUUGGUGGCUACUUUAAGUACAUAUGACGAGGCUGUCACAUUAAUGGCCAAACUUCGUCAUCAUCGAAGUGGUGUGGCUAAUACCGUGAUGUUUCGAUUCUUUGAAGUAGUGGUAUGGCAAGAAUUCGACCACCAAGCGAAGGAAUUGAGCGAAAAACUCGACCUUCUCGCGGUAGAAUUUCCUAAUUUUACAUUUGUUAAGGUGCAACAGUUUUUAAUUGCGUACCACCAACUUGAUUAUUUUCGUGCGGAGGCACUUUUCGACCAAAUACUUAAAGCGGAUCCACUUCGAUUAGAUGAUUUGGAUACAUAUUCCAAUAUGCUCUAUGUGAUGGAGAAAAGAGCUAAGUUGGCGUACUUAGCCCAACUUGCUGCACACAUAGAUAAGUUCCGCCCAGAAACAUGUUGCGUCAUUGCCAACUAUCAUUCCAUAAAGGGUGAGCAUGAGAAAGCUAUAAUGUACUACAAACGAGCGCUCGUCUUAAAUAAAAAUUGUCAAAGUGCAUGGACGCUCAUGGGCCACGAAUUUGUCGAAUUAAAAAAUUCGCACGCCGCGAUCGAAUCGUACCGUAGAGCGGUCGAUUCCAACGCUCGAGAUUUCCGCGCGUGGUACGGGUUGGGCCAAGCGUACGAAGUACUCGACAUGCACCUUUAUGCUCUAUACUAUUACCAACGAGCGGCCACUUUGCAGCCGACUGAUAAGAGAAUGUGGCAUGCAUUAGGAAAUUGCUACGAUAAAAUUGGUAAAUGGCAUGAAGCCAUUGGAGCGUUCGAAAAGGCGUUGAGUAUAGAUAGUGCGGAUCAAGCCAAUGGUCAAGUACCCGAACCACAUGUUUGUUUCAAGCUUGCAACAAUUUGGGAUAAAGUGGGGAGUGCCCUGGAAACCUAUAAAUACUAUCAAUUAUGUUAUGCUCAAGAAGAAGUAUGGGGGGUAACAGAUGAAACAUCCAAAGCCAGAUUAUGGUUGGCCAGGAAUGCUUUACAAGAGAAGCGACACGAAGAAGCGUACGAGUUAACCAAAGAUUUGAAUCUAAGUAACGCUCACGAUAUCGAAGAGGCCCGGUCGAUUGCCAGGGAUGCCAGAAAUAGAAUGUUGAAAUAG